GUUUUCACCCCUAUGCCCCUGCGCUUUCCAACACUGGUAGUGGCGGUACUUACCAGCACUGACAGCAACAACGCCGAUAUCUCAAUUAUACGAAAAAAGAAAAUUGGAAAAUCCGUUUAGCGUCCGAGAAAAUAAAAGAAAUUAAGUAAAAAUGCCCAAGGGACGCGUAAGCAAUGUGUGGCAGCACUACGACAUCAACGAGGAGUGCGAAAAUUUUGCGAUAUGCCGCUACUGCGGAAACAAUAUAUCGCGUGGCGGCAUGGCCAGCAAUCUUAAGGGGAACAAUACGACCAAUUUGUGGACGCAUCUGCGUCACAAGCACAGCGACGAGGUUCUGGUCAGUCCCGUCCAGCAGCGUCCGAACCGGGUCUUCCCGAUAAUCAAGAAAGAGAAAACCGUGCGGAUAGCCAAGGCCAAGCAGCUGCGCGAGCCCCUGCGCCUGGCCAAGCCGAAGAUUGACGUCUCCGGUUCGUAUGUGGGCGAGACCGGGGCCCUGCCGCAAAAGUGGGAGGAGUACGAGCAGAACGACGAGAUCACCGACGAUAUCAAGGACAUCAUAUACAGCGAGGAUCCGCUGUGCUACAGCCCCAUACAUGUGAUGGAAGAUGAGACCCUGGAGACGGGCGAGAAGGUGCAUGUGGUGGGCAACGCCAGCGUUGUCGGUGCUGGCGGUAGCCGGGCCAGUGCCACACCAGUGGUGGCCACCGUGGUGGCCUCUUCCUCGGCCAGCUCCCCGGCCAAGCAGCUGAAAAACAACCUGGAGACGUCCAUCGACCGCUUGACCACCGUCAGCGAGCAGCUGAGCUACAUCAUCCAGCAGAGCCACGAGGAGCAAACAAAGGACGACGAUUACUACUUUGCCCUCAGUUUGGUGCCCAUUAUGCGCCAUCUGUCCAUCAAUCGGAAGAUGUACGUGCGCUCGAAGAUCCAGGAGCUACUGUUCAAGGAGAGCGAGGGCGAGUCACUGGCUUCCAAGGACGAGUAAGGGGAUUCCCAAGCCCCCAAGCAAGGAACAGGAGCAACCAGACAUGUUCUCGAUGUCGAUAAUUAAGAUAAUUAUACAUAUAUACACUUUCCCUGUGUAUUCAGUUAAAUUAUGUAAACACAUAUUGCGAUUGUACGUUCGGUUUUUACGACUAAUAUGGCAUUACACAUAUAUUUUCAAUUUUUCAUUAUCUUUAUCUUAGCCCCAGACACGAAAUAAAAUAAACUGUACCACAUAGUAAUAACCAAAA